AUGGCGGGUGAUGAGAAGAAGAAGAGAGAGCUGUUAAAGGGUCCAUUGGAGAAAUCACAGCAAUGUCCUAAAGUGCCGGCUUCCAGAACGACCAUCUACUUCGCCCAACCACAGACCCAAAACCAGCGCGUAACCGUUUUCGACUCCAGCAUAACCUCUGAACCAUUCCUUGAUUCAGUUGUGCUUGAGAAUCUCAGGAAGAAGCAGCAGAUGGAGAACGAGACGAAGGGUGUUGGUGUUGGGCACAAUACGACGGCGAGAUGA